AUGUCAUCGAAAGAAUACGAAACGGCGAAACUUCGCAUUAAAGUAAGCAGAGAGUUAGGGGUACCUGAGUCAACACUACGCAAAUGGAUCAAAGAUGAAAACAAAUUAAGAACAUUUCUUGAUGAGCUUGAUGAAGGUGGUUUAAGACGCAAGAGAGCCAGAACAGCAAAAGAUCCAGAAUUAGACAAAGCAACUUUUAAUGCAUUUUGUGAGGGUAGAAACAAUGGUAUCCCUAUUUCUGGUCCAGUCAUCCAAGUGCAGGCAGAAAAAUUAUACAAGGAAAUUCAUGGUCCCGAUGCAGAAUCUGAGUUUACAGUUUCAAGUGGCUGGUUGAAAAGGUGGAAACAGCGACACGACAUUUCACAAGUAAAGAUCAAUGGCGAGAUUAAGUCAGCAGACACUGUAGCAGCAGAAGAGUUCAUUUCCAAAUUUCAACAAUUCAUAGAAGAACAGCAGCUAAUAGAAGAGAUGAUUUACAAUGCUGAUGAAACAGGCCUUUACUACAAAAUACUGCCUGAUAGGACUUUAGCUAUGAAGAAAGACAAGACCAGCAAAGAAGGUUAUAAACAAAUCAAAGACAGGGUGACAAUGUUAUUUUGCUGUAACUGGACGGGUCAUCACAAGCUAACAUCUCUUUGUAUUGGCAAGUUUGGAUCCCCAAGAUAUUUCCACUACAUCAACAUGUCAUCAUUACCACUGGACUACGAUCACAGCAAGAAUGCCUGGAUGACAGCAGCAAUUUUUGAGAAGUGGUUUCACCAGACGUUCAUCCCUGAUGUCCGUAGGCACCUUAGAAGCAAGGGAACGGAACCACGAGCAUGCCUACUUCUAGACAACUGUCCAGCCCACCCCCCUGCAGAGACGAUGAAGUCCAGAGAUGGCAAGAUUUUCGUUUAUUACCUUCCAAAGAAUGCAACAUCCAAGAUUCAGCCCCUAGAUCAAGGCUUCAUUUCUGUGUUCAAGGCCAAUUAUAGACGGGAGAUGAUAAAGUCCAUGGUUGAAGAAGAGUGUCCCUAUGUUCCUGAAGACUCCCUUGGAGGUCCCAUCACAGAGAAGCCCACUACUGUUGAAGAAGACGAAGAUGAAGACUUCCUAGGUUUCAGUCCAGAAGAAGUACGGGAGGCAGAACAGAAGUUGAUGUCGGCUGUCCACUCAAGUGUACCAGUGCAAGAAAUCCUUGCAGCAUGGUCCACCAUAAAUAAUGACGUUCCAAUAGCAUCCUCCAUUUUAGCUGAAGAAACCCACAAUGAAGAUGAAGAAGAAGAAGAACAUCCUGUCCCAGUACCUCCAACUAGAACCGCUAAUGAUGCAGUUAAAGGACUUGAAGUGGCCUUAGAGUACUACGAGCGUGUGGGGGAUAAAGUAAAGACACUACAGCUGAAGUCUCUCAUAAGAGAUGCCAAGAUGAGAGCUUCUAGGAACAAGAAGCAAGCUGACAUCACCUUGUAUUUUACUAAAAAAUAA